CCAUGGAUGGAUAAACCGAGCCACUGCCUCUUGAUUCCAACUCACCGUCUCGCCCUCCGCGGACCCCCGCGCCUUUUUUUGCGCCAUUGGCCUUCGUCGAUCCAUUCAGCCGUCCUUUGCCCUCCGAGACUCGUCGCCCAUUCAGCCGUCACGAUCUGGCCAGCUCAAAUUCGCAAAAAAUUGCAGGACUGGAGAGGUGAUAAAGGGGACAAUCCACGAGUUUGCACGUGGAGUUUCGGCCGAGUUUUAUCGCAAAUCAGUAUAAAGAAUGAUCUCUGGGCCUUCAGCGACGAAUUGGAUUCGGUUAUCGAUGGUGUUUUAUGGGCCAUCCCCCGCCAGGUGGCCAAGCUCGAGGAAACCUCUGGGGAGACGUGCACCGGCACACCGACAGACGGGACCUAA